AGGCCUUCAGAGAGUUCGGUCCUAGAGCCGUCUCGAUCGGUUGAGGAGGCACUCGGCCGAUGUGAAGGCCUGCAGCGUGCUUUGGGGGAGGAGAGGAUGCGAUUGUUGGCCAAGCUUGAGGAGGCCACCGAGGCCGCUGCCAACCGAGCGCGAAUCGCGCGUGCGCAGCUCGAGGAGGAUGGCGGCUAUGCUGAGAACUGGGUCUCCCACGGCGCCCGUUCUCAGAGCACUUUUCUCUCAGCCCACAGCAGAGAAGUUUCAGAUCGCAACAAGUGCUGCAUCGACCGCGGCCAGUGCGUGCUGCAGUGA